UGGAACGCUCGCACCACACACGCCCCUCCUCUCCCCCACCAUUAUUUCGCUUCACUUAUUCCCAGUCUGAGAAAGUCCGUUAGUCAAAGCGCAGCAGAGACAGAGCGCAGUGAUGCUGUCCACCUGACCAAGACACUUCGCUUUUUUUGAUUCUGUACUGGAGAGAAACACUCGGAUAGAAGAACUGGAAGAGGAAAACUUCGGUUAACAGAUUUAGGGAAAGAAAAACUGCGCACAAGCUUUUGGAGAAGGAGAGCUGAAGUGGAAACAAACAAAGCAAACAAACAAAGCUCCCCAAACUUUAGGAAUUGGAUGCGCAAUAUACCUGCCCACUAUAAGGAAUUAAAGAAACAAGUUACGAGCAACAGAAAUGGCCUCCGCCGCGCUGGAGAUCCUCGGUCUGACCCUGUGCGUUUUCGGCACGCUUUUGGAAAUGACCGCUUGCGGGCUGCCCACCUGGAAGGUGACCGCCUUCAUCGAGGCCAACAUCGUGGUGGCCCAGACCAUCUGGGACGGCCUGUGGAUGUCGUGCGCCGUGCAGAGCACCGGCCAGAUGCAGUGCAAGAUGCACGACUCGAUGCUCGCUCUCAACCACGACCUCCAGGCGGCCCGCGCGCUCACGGUCAUCUCGUCCGUCAUGUGCGUAAUCGGGCUGAUGGCGGUGAUCGCCGGCGCGCAAUGCACCAACUGCAUCAAGACGGAUAGCGUGAAGGCGCGCGUCGUGAACGUCGGAGGGGUGAUCUACAUCAUCAGUGCCAUCUUCAUGCUGGUGCCCCUGUGCUGGAUGGCCAACAACAUCAUCUCCGACUUCUACAAUCCGCAGGUGCCGGGCUCCCAGAAACGGGAGAUCGGCGCGGCGCUCUACAUCGGCUGGGCGGCCACCGCGAUGCUGCUGAUCGGAGGCAGCGUGCUCUGCUGCUCGUGCCCGGCUUCGGGAAACUCCGGGUACUCGGUGACAUAUGCGCCCAACAAAAGAGCAACGCCUAACGGGGACUAUGACAAGAGGAACUAUGUUUGAGUUGUGCGGGACUAUGCGCUCUAGGCUGAUAAAAGACCAAAUAUGAAAUAGACAACAAAACCCAUGCUGUUUUUAAAACCCGACGUGAUGUACACGUGCAGAUAUGUUUGUUUUUCUCCUUCAAAUUCCUUAAGUUUUCAAACUUACAUGUUAGACUACUGAUUGGCUGAACCAUCUGUUCUAUUUAAUGUGGCGUCUCAAAAGAAUAAAAAGUAAGUCAUCUGACAAAACAUCGAUUUUAGGUACCUCGAAAAGUUUGAAAAAGUUUGUAAAAGACCCUUAAGAUAGUACAGCUAUAGGAUGAAAUGUGUUUACCGAUUGUCCUGGAGAGGUGAUGUAGCGUGUAUAGGAACUUCUGCUUCUGCACAUUUACAAAGACUCAACGCUUGAAUGACCAGAGGGAAGAAAACAGCUGGAAAGACUGCAAAUCCUGCUUUGUCGUUUUUUUUCAACACAACCGUCCACACCGAUGCUCCAAGAGUCAUGAGAUAUAAGAGCAGGGUCAUGCAAUGUCAAAUAUGAAAAAUGUUUGUUUGGUUUUGGGAUUAUCCUGCCAGUUAUGCCUUGCAGUAUGAAAAGUGUAUGGAUGGGUAUUUUCCUCAAACCUCUAGGAUGUGUUUAUCAAGCUCGACUGAAACGUUUAUUUUUUGUAAUUUUUGUAAUUGUUUUUGAACUCCUUAAUGAAUGUUGUUUGCAAUAAACAUUUACAGUUUUGACACAAAUGUGAA